ACCCCACUAAAAUGCUGGAUUCACUGACAUUUCUAUUUGAGAAAUUAUUUAUUUUCUCAAAUUUGAAUCUUUUUAAAAGUCUAUGGCAGGAGGAGGAGGAGGAGGAGGAGUGUGCGGUGAGAUGUCCAGCGCUCAGGAGGGGAGAUCUGCUGGAGGUUCAGCGCACUCUCUUCAUUCAUUAUGGCAUCUAUCUGGGCGAGAACAGAGUCGCACACCUGAUGCCUGACAUCAUACCUGUAUUAACCAACAACAAACAGCUCAUUCAAUCAGUCGUCACCAACAAAAGGCUCAUUUUAGGAUGCAUUUACAAAAACGCGAGUAUACGUGUAGAUUCGAUUGAAGAUUUUGCGUAUGGAGCUCCGGUUCUGGUGAACGAUAUGGAUAUGAAAAUGAAGUGUCAAGCACUGGCGAAUGAGGACGUGGCAAGGAGAGCUGAGAAACUGAUCGGCGCGAUUCCAUACAGUUUAUUAUGGAAUAACUGCGAACAUUUCGUGACGUACUGCAGGUACGGCACACCUGUGAGCCAGCAGACAGAGAGGUUCUGCAACUGUUUGAAAACCAUUAUUCGAGACCAGAGAAGUGUGGCUUUAACUGUUGUGUUGGGAGUGAUGUACACCAUCUACUUUGGCCUCGCACCUUCAACUACACUGCCCACAUUCCUGAUUCCCUUCACUCUGUGGAUGGCGGGCUGAAUGACAGUCCUUACACUAAAUCACAACACAGCACAUCCCUUCCUUAAAGUGGAUGAUUACACAAUAAUGCAAUGCAUCAGUGCAGCAGUUUCCACUUUAAAGUGUGAUUAUGCAGUCAAACAGUGGUUUGCAUUUUGCAUUUAUGAAUGUUGAAUGAUAGGCUCUAUCUUUUAAAUAAUUCAUGACAACAUGACUUUUACAAAUUUGAAAUUGAGCCUCUACAGUCAUGUAUUGACAUAUAUUUUUACCGUUUAAAUCAUAUACCUACAAUUGAGAAAGCCGGCAUUUCUGUAACAUAAAGCAAAGUACAGAACGCAUGCAAGGUGCCUUUUUUUGUAUUAAGCAAGUGUGUAAAUUCAACAGAUGUGAAUUUUGUACCACAAACUAUGAUUUAUAUGUGUACCUGUAGUUUUUAUUUUUAAGAUUGUUAAUUUGUACAGUAUAAAAUAUAUUUUAAUACAAUAAGUUCGUGUGUUUACCUACUAAGACGUAUAAUAAGGAAUAAACCAGAAAAAAAAGACCAUUUGACAGA